GAGAGGCUCUGGGCUGCCGCCGCCGCUGUGUGGGUUUCUUUACACUCCCUGCUGCCACCCGCCCGCCCGGGAAAGUGGGUUACAGCGGGAAGGAGCUCAACUCAGACAGACACUGGCAAAGGAGCAUCCAGCUCCGAAUAGACUGGAGAACACCCUCCGCUGGCAGCCUUCUCUUCAUCUUUUCUAGAGGGCUUUAUAUUUGUACUCUCGCUCUCUUUUGAAAUUUUUGUUCCUUUUGACUUUCACCCCCUUUGCUUGGGUUUUAUGAGUGCUUUGUUAAGUCUUCGAGGGAAAAGAGACUGAGGAGGGAGAGGGACAGAGAGAGGCAAAGUGGAAAGGACCACAAACUGGCCGAGCCAUUCCGCCUUUGCUGUUGAUGAAAGCCCUCUGUUGGUGAAGCCCCCUCGGCUCAGCAGCGCGCGCGCACCCUCCACAGUCCAGGACCCUCACCUCGCGUGGCCACCAUGGUCGGCAGAGUUCAGCCUGAUCGGAAACAGUUGCCGCUGGUCCUACUGAGAUUGCUCUGCCUUCUUCCCACAGGACUGCCUGUUCGCAGCGUGGAUUUUAAUCGAGGCACGGACAACAUCACCGUGAGGCAGGGGGACACGGCCAUCCUCAGGUGCAUUGUAGAAGACAAGAACUCAAAAGUGGCCUGGCUGAACCGUUCUGGCAUCAUUUUUGCUGGGCAUGACAAGUGGUCUCUGGACCCCCGGGUGGAGCUGGAGAAACGCCAUUCUCUGGAGUACAGCCUUCGAAUCCAGAAGGUGGAUGUCUAUGAUGAGGGUUCCUACACUUGCUCGGUUCAGACACAGCAUGAGCCCAAGACCUCCCAAGUUUACUUGAUCGUGCAAGUUCCACCAAAGAUCUCCAACAUCUCCUCGGAUGUCACUGUGAAUGAGGGCAGCAAUGUGACCCUGGUCUGCAUGGCCAAUGGCCGUCCUGAACCUGUUAUCACCUGGAGACACCUUACACCAACUGGAAGAGAAAUUGAAGGAGAAGAAGAAUAUCUGGAGAUCCUCGGCAUCACCAGGGAGCAGUCAGGCAAAUAUGAGUGCAAAGCAGCCAAUGAGGUCUCCUCGGCGGAUGUCAAACAAGUCAAGGUCACUGUGAACUAUCCUCCCACUAUCACGGAAUCCAAGAGCAACGAAGCCACCACAGGGCGACAAGCUUCACUCAAAUGUGAGGCCUCCGCGGUGCCUGCCCCUGACUUUGAGUGGUACCGGGAUGACACCAGGAUAAACAGUGCCAAUGGCCUUGAGAUUAAGAGCACGGAGGGCCAGUCCUCGCUGACAGUGACCAAUGUCACUGAGGAUCACUAUGGCAACUAUACCUGCGUGGCUGCCAACAAGCUGGGGGUCACCAAUGCCAGCCUAGUCCUUUUCAAGCGUGUUUUACCCACAAUCCCCUACCCCAUUCAAGAAAUUGGCACGACCGUGCACUUCAAGCAAAAAGGACCUGGGUCGGUGAGAGGAAUAAAUGGAUCCAUCAGUCUGGCCGUACCACUGUGGCUGCUGGCAGCAUCUCUGCUCUGCCUUCUCAGCAAAUGUUAAUAGAAUAAAAAUUUUAAAAUAAUUUAAAAAAACACACAAAAUAUGCGUCACACAGGAUACAGAGAGAGAGAGUGAGAUGGGGGGAGACUGUUUAUUUCACAACUUUGUGUGUUUAUAAAUAAAGGGGGAAGUAAGAAAAGGAAGAAGAAAAUACAACAUUUAAAACAAAUUUCAAGUCCAUCAAUAACCAUUUGAGUAUGAUUCAGGGUGGGAAAAGUUCUACUAGGAUAUAUGUAUGUCUAAGCAGAUGUAUGCUGUGUGAAGACCCAUCAUGCUAAGGACAUCCAGGUGUAAAACUAGGACAAGUGAAGAAGUAC